AUGCAUCAAUCUAAUGAUUUAUUGGAUUAUGAAUCAGUUGAUAAAGAACUUGAUAAUCAUAUUUGGGUGGAUGAAGAAAUUGAUGAAAAAGCCAAUAGUUACUUUGAAAACAUUAAGAUGAAAAAAGCUGAACUAAAAAAAGCAGCACAAAACACAAAAUCUAUUACUUCCUACUUAUCUUUAACCAAUUCUUUAAGGUUUAAUGUUGCUUCGAUAUCUACUUAUAAAUUUUUAGCUGCAGAUGCAGCAGUGCAAUUAAUAGAGACAAAUUUGGUUAAUGAGGCUGUAGAUACAAUAGUGAUUAAUGAGGAUGGAGAUACAAUAAUAGUUGAUAAUGCUGAAUUAGACAAUAUGUUAGAAAAAGACAGUAAACAAAUUGAUAAAGGAACUAAG